AUGGAGACCUUUGUGCAGGAGGAUUCGCCAUUGGCUAAUUACCUUGAAGGCGAGGGUGAAGCUGUAUCAGAUUGGACGCCCCAGACCUCAGAGCUAUCGCCGGACGAGGCCCUAGAUGCUGGCCCCCAACACUUCGCGCCUACUGGUCGCCCCAAACUCCACGACCGGAUAAAAAACAAACUCCCUGCUCCCUUGCGCCUGAAACACUCGAAUAAACGAGAAACGCUGGCAAGGAUUCAAGAUGCAUGCGUUGCCGUUCUGAGCGCAAGAAUCGGGAAAAACGAUAACGACCGCUUUCUAGAACAAUUCGGAUAUAUUGUCGUUGCGUCGCAACUUCUCAAUGAACCCAUUCCUUCAACCUACAACUCCAUACCAGGGGUGGUGACAAGUGGCGCCCAGGAUGUUGAAGAGCCCCUUACAUCACAGCCCGUUGUGUUCGAUCUACAUGGUAUCUUAUUUUCUGCAGUGGGGUCUUUUGCCGUUGCCUGGGCUUUCCACUGGGCUCGCCCUCGCCAGGGCGCGGGAUGGAAUGUCAGAAGGCUGUUCAUGUGUCUGUUCUUCCUUGUAGUAGUGGCAAUUGGAUUUGUUGUUCUUGCAAGACGACAAUGGUUAAAAUAUAUUCGCUGCGAGGCACUCGGCGUCGCAAAGGUACUUGUUGGGAAUGCCCAGAACCUCGACUCUGUGGCAUCUGCGUCAGUACUUUUGAUCCAGGAGGUUGAGCUAGUAUCUCGCGGAUAUAGACUAAGCACUCCCAUGCCACCUGUUUCCCGAAUGGAAGAACAAAGCCAGACGAAACGAUGCCUGAAACUGCGCCGUAUCCUAUCUGAAUGCUUGAGUGAGAUGUUGACCCAAUACAUUGCUGCAAAGAGAAAACUACAAUGCUAUGUGGAUAGUAUCUCCCUAGUGAAAUACUACGAUAUCUACGAUUUUUCUCCUGGAGAGCUGGAGGAGGCAGAGUUGGUUCUGGCGGAUAUCUGCACAGAGGAGAAAACAUCAUUAAAAUCACUUCGAAUUCUUUUCAGCCAACUAUACUCGGUCAGAAAAAGCAUGCUAUGCUGUUUGCUAGCAUUACCAGCCGAUGGAACAAAAGUAGAUACCACAAGAUGGAAUGUGGCUGUGGAAGAAAUGCAACGCCUUUCCAACACUAGUGGUACCUGCAUACAAAGGCUAACAAAUAUUCUUAAUGAACAAGAUCGUGAUAUCGUCGCCCCAUCUCCGAGAUUAAAAUUGACACCGGACACUAGAGAGCGGCAUCGGGCCCAGCUUCGGCGAUUGAAUUCCUUAUCUCAAGGAAUUAGGGGAGUUCAUGCCAAAAUGCAUCUCAUCCGUGAUGAAUCUGAAGCCUGCAUCGAGAAACUUGGUGAAGGAUCUGAGCUUAGCAACACGCUACUGUCUCAAUACGAAUCCAUUGGCGCAGAUCUAAGGGGACUAUUACAAGAGUGGGAAGCUGGGAAAUCAUCAUUGAUGGCAAAUCUCGAGCGACCCGACAGGCUGUCUCGACCGCCAAGUAUUUUGAAGUCACCGGCAUCUCCAACCUUUAGUCUCAGUGGAAGUACUGCCGUCGAUGGGAGCCCCGCAGCCGCACUCCGCAGACUCAAUGGCGAGGACCCACCUCCAGUUAUGUCUUGCCAUGACCUCGAAGAGAACGAAGAAAUAUUUGAAGCUGUGGCUCUUCCCCGGAAACGAAGUUCUAUGACAAGAGAGGAGAGAAUUGCGCGGGUAAGAGAAGACCGAGCUAAGCAAGCUGCCGCCCGUGAGCGAGCAGAUGCCAAUACACACAUGCUUCGAGAGCUGGAGACCGUGAUCAAACUACGCCCUCAAACUCGAGGUGGCGCGAGAGUCACCAGCAUAUAG